AUGUCUCACGCAGGAGCCCAAUUUCAGCUAACUAGCUGCGCAGCUGGAGCAGGGCUUGUUCCACAACCUGACUUUUCCUCAAGAGUGGUCAAGUCGUUGUUGCUUGCUGCCAUGGCUGCUUCAAGCUGCAGUCACAACGAGGAAUGGGGAGGAGGAGUAGGAGGAGGAGGAGGAGGAGGAGGAGGAGGAGGAGGAGGAGGAGGAGGAGGAGGAGGAGGAGGAGGAGGAGGAGGAGAGGAGGAGGAGGAGGAGGAGGAGGAGGAGGAGGAGGAGGAGGAGGAGGAGGAGGAGGAGGAGGAGGAGGAGGAGGAGGAGGGGAGAAUGUAA